CUCUACAAGCCACGUCCCUUCUGUAGGGGCGGACCGGGUGGAGGACUCGGCGCUUUGCAAGUUGUGCCUGGCGCGCAAGCAGCUCUUGUCCCGGGCCCGGAGAGUCCCAGCGUAAAGCGGGAGCCGAGUGGAGGCGGAGGAGAUGGCGUCCCAGCCGCCGCCUCCCCCGAAACCCUGGGAGACCCGCCGGAUUCCGGGGGCCGGGCCGGGACCAGGACCAGGUCCCACUUUUCAAUCUGCUGAUUUGGGUCCUACUUUAUUGACAAGACCUGGACAACCAACACUUACCAGAGUGCCACCACCUAUUCUUCCAAGGCCAUCACAGCAGACAGGAAGCAGCAACAUGAACGCUUUCAGACCUGCCUACAGUUCAUUUUCUUCUGGAUAUGGUGCCUAUGGAAAUUCGUUUUAUGGAAGCUAUAGCCCUUAUAGUUAUGGAUAUAAUGGGUUGGGCUAUAACCGCCUCCGUAUAGAUGAUCUUCCACCUAGUAGAUUUGUUCAGCAAGCUGAAGAAAGCAGCAGAGGUGCAUUUCAGUCCAUUGAAAGUAUUGUGCAUGCAUUUGCCUCUGUUAGUAUGAUGAUGGAUGCUACCUUUUCAGCUGUCUAUAACAGUUUCAGGGCUGUCUUGGAUGUAGCAAACCAUUUUUCCCGAUUGAAAAUACAUUUCACAAAAGUUUUUUCAGCUUUUGCAUUGGUUAGGACUAUAAGAUAUCUUUACAGACGAUUACAGUGGAUGAUAGGUAUAAGAAGAGGCUCUGAGAAUGAGGACCUGUGGGCAGAAAGUGAAGGAACUGUGGCUUGCCUUGGUGCUGAGGACAGAACAGCUAACUCAGCAAAAUCUUGGCCAAUAUUCUUGUUUUUUGCUGUUAUCCUUGGUGGUCCUUACCUCAUCUGGAAACUGCUUUCUACUUACAGUGACGAAGUAACAGAGAAUACCAGCUGGGCAAGUGGUGAGGAUGACCAUGUAGUUGCUAGAGCAGAAUAUGAUUUUGUUGCUGUAUCUGAAGAAGAAAUUUCUUUCCGCGCUGGUGAUAUGCUAAACUUAGCUCUAAAAGAACAGCAACCCAGAGUGCGUGGUUGGCUUCUGGCUAGUCUCGAUGGUCAAACAACAGGACUUAUACCUGCUAAUUAUGUCAAAAUUCUUGGUAAAAGAAGAGGUAGAAAAACAAUGGAAUCCAGUAAAAUUUCCAAGCAGCAACAGUCUUUCACCAACAAGACACUAAUUAAAGGAGCCACAGCUGCUGAUUCUUUGGAUGAACAGGAAGCUGCCUUUGAAUCUGUUUUUAUUGAAUCUAUUAAGGUUCCAGUUCCAACUGAUUCCGCUGGGAAAAAUGGAGAUAAACAAGAUCUUUAAUAUCUUUCAUGCUUGCCUGCAGUUGAACUAUUCUUUGGAGUACUUUUUUAGAAUUACUUCUUACAAAGAAAUUAAUCUACAAUCCAGUGAGAACAUUUCUUAAUGGCUAUUUUGGAGGUUUUGCUGCUAGAAGUUUAAUUAAAGUUGUACACAAGUAUGUUGCUCUAGUGACCUGGUUACAUUUUACAAGUUAUUGGACCAUAGAAUGUUUGUUUCACCUAGAUUUUAAGGUUAUGGAGAGUUCUAUUAUUUUCAUCUUAUUUGAAACCCUAUGUUUAUUGGAAGAGUAACUGUUGAUGAAUUGUAAAAUACACAGUUUACUAUAGUGAGGAUCAUUGAUGCAUUUUAAAGUUCUAGAUAAAUUGACUUGGAAUCCUCAGAAAUUGAGUGACAACAUAUAAAUAUGAGAACAGGCAAAAAGGCUAAUUUUUUUAAACAACUUUAAUUAAACUGAAUAAUAAAAAUUUUCUGAUGUGUAUUAUGUCCAGUGUUGGGUUUGCUUUAGGCAGUAGUAAUAUGUUUUCACCCACUGACAAUUGAUACUAUUAUCUUUUAAUUGUAUUUUUAAAAAUUUACCUUGAAAAGGUCACUAGAAGCAUUGUGAAGGAAAUGGUUCUAGGGCGAUAUUUAGCCUAAUAGUUUUCCCUACUAAUUAAAAGGCUGAAAUUUAUCUUACAGAUUAUGUCAAUUUCUUCAGACGAUCGUAUAACUUUUUAUCCCUUUACAGAAUGACUAGUUUGCACCCCGGAUGAAUCAGAAUAUGUAUAUGAAAGAUUUACUUAGUUUUCCUCCAGCCAAGACUCAAAUCCUUUGAGCUUGCACUCAAUCCUGGCAGUAGUGAUUUUAAGUCUUUUCAUAGAUUCUCUGCUUCUAACUACCUAGUGUAAUUUUUUAAAAUUCCAUAUUCAGGCUGUACUUUAAACAUUGAAAAUGUGUCACAUUAGGGUACAACAUUUCUUUACAGUUUGGUUUUUACUACUUAGACUAUAAAUGCUGAAUUGCCAUUUAGAAUAUAAUAAUGCUAUUUGACUUGCUUUUUGUUUAAUCAUGAUUUAAAAUGAAGUUAAAUUUCUGUACACAGAAUAUUUCCCCACAAAAUUAGAAAAUUCAUACACUUGCUGUGAUCAUACUACAAAAUAAUACUAUCAUGAAAUAGAUGUACAAGAACACAUUUACAGAUACAUUGAAAACUUGGAAUUAUUUGAUAAAGAUUUUGAUUUAGUAUUUUUACCUUUCUUCUUAGACUUUAUGUUCAACAAAUAAGUACUUCUAGAACAGUUUAGACUAAAGCAUACAGGAACCAAAUAAUCAACAUAGAAUUUUACUGAAGUCUUAGGAACCUCUCUUUUGAGACAAUAUAAUAACAUAUUUAAAGUAACAAAUGUUGACCCUGUGCAGAAAAAAAAGUAAUAAAAUUGUUAAAUUUGUUUAUUGUAGGUAUAUUUUUCUAACACCCAGUUCUUUGAGUCUUCAAGAUUAGGUUACUUUUAUAUUAUUUUCCAUUUGUUUUCUACAGUUAGAAGUUUUUUGUUUUGUUAGAGCUUAAUUUAUGGAAAUUUUGUUCUUGAAACACAUUUUUGAUAAAACAGAUUUGGCGUUGAGACAUCUAAAGUGAAUGCUAGAAGUGAAGUAGAGGUGAAAUGCUGAGUAGGUGCUAUUUAGAUUAGAUAAGGUGGGUCUUUAGGAUCCUAUUUGUGCUAUUAAAAUGUAUAAGGAAAACCAUAUAGCACAGAAAGACAACAAUUUCACUUCUCUUAGGGUGUUUAUUUUUUGAUUAAUAAUUAUAGUGUACAUUAUCUGAUUGUUAACUAUUUGUGUCUGAAAAUUCCUUUUCUGUUAAAAUUCUAGAAAAGGAAUUUAGGACUACAAUAAGCAGAGAAAUUUUGUAACCUUUUUUAUCAUGACAGUUUUAGUAUAAUUUUUUUAGAUGAGAUUAAAUAUAAUGUUUAAGGCGCCAUUGUUAUUUUUAGGAACUUAUUUAAGGACUGCUACUUAACAGAAAUUACUAACUGAAACUAAAACAUUUUCAGUUAAAUAAUAUAAAUCACAAGUUGCAACAAGAAAACAGGUUUUAUUUAAAAUUAUUUUCUGAUUUUAGUUUAUCAGUGUAGAAAGGAAAAGGUAAGAGAACUAAACUUUCAUGUUUUAACAUUUUAUUUAGGUACUUGAUUUAGUUUGUCGUGUCACAAUUAUACAUUUACUUGAAUACUGCUGUCCCUUGUGCUUUCUUCAGUGGAAAAACAAAUAUUAAAUGCAGUUAAAAUUUUUAAUACGUUGUGAAGUUACUUUUACUGGGCAAAUAAAAAUAUAUUAAACCUG